AAGAGGCGGGGCAGGACGUCAUAAUUUUCCUCCCUCCUGCCCUCCCGUCGUUAGUCGCCCGCUGCAGUCGGGUGGUGGAAGUCGGGUCGGAGAGCUGCAGCAUGUCGUCGGGGGACCUGUGCCAGGGGACGGCGGAGCUGUCGCUGGGUGAAUUGUACGUCUCUGAACGUGAAGGAGAUGAUGCUACUGGAGAUGGAACAAAGGAAAAACCAUUUAAAACGGCACUUUGUGCCUUACACACAGUAGAAAAGGAACCAUUUCCAACAAUUUAUGUUGAUUCCCAAAAGGAAAAUGAGCGCUGGGAAGUUAUAUCAAAAUCACAAAUGAAGAAUCUUAAAAAGCAGUGGCAACGAGAUCAAGUGAAGGCUGCAUCAAAACUUAAAAAAGAGCAAGAAGAUGCAGCGCGUCGGGAGAUGAACCUGGAAGAGGCCAAAAAGAUUGUUAUUACACUGGACCCUAGUCUUCCGGAGCCACAUCAGAUAAAAAUCCGAGCCACAGGAUCGUAUAGAGGAAAGCGAGUGAAGCUCUUUGGUUGGGUCCAUAGGUUACGUAGACAAGGGAAGAACUUAAUGUUUGUUGUUCUGCGUGAUGGCACAGGAUUUCUGCAAUGUGUCUUCAAUGAUGAACUGUGUCAGUGCUAUAGUGGACUGCUGCUAUCAACUGAGAGCUCCAUUGCGGUUUAUGGAACCUUGCAAGUUGUGCCAGAAGGCAAAGUGGCUCCAGGUGGGCAUGAACUGAUUUGUGAUUACUGGGAGCUGAUAGGUUUGGCCCCGGCUGGAGGUAUCGAUAACCUGCUUAAUGAAGAAUCUGAUGUGGACGUCCAGCUCAACAACCGUCACAUGAUGCUACGUGGCGAGAACAUGUCCAAGAUAUUCAAAGUGCGCUCUGCUCUGGUGCAGUGCUUUAGGGACCACUUCUUUGAUAAUGGCUACUAUGAGCUCACUCCACCCACACUGGUCCAGACACAGGUUGAAGGAGGCUCCACUCUAUUCAAACUGAACUAUUUUGGUGAAGAGGCCUUCCUGACGCAGUCUUCACAACUGUACCUGGAGACCUGCAUCCCUUCCCUUGGGGACGUUUUCUGCAUCGCUCAGUCCUAUCGCGCCGAGCAGUCACGAACUCGCAGACACCUGGCAGAAUACACUCAUGUUGAGGCAGAGUGUCCGUUCAUUACUUUUGAUGAGCUUCUUGACCGUUUGGAAUACCUUGUUUGUGAUGUGGUUGACCGCAUCCUCAAGUCACCUCAUGGGGAGGUUAUGCUUGAACUGCAUCCAGAUUUCAAGCCUCCGAAGAGACCCUUCAAAAGAAUGAACUACACUGAGGCCAUCACUUGGCUGAAAGAACAUAACAUUAAGAAAGAUGAUGGAACUUUCUAUGAAUUUGGAGAGGAUAUCCCUGAGGCUCCAGAGAGACUGAUGACUGAUACAAUCAAUGAGCCAAUACUCCUUUGUCGUUUUCCAGCUGAAAUCAAAUCCUUCUACAUGCAGCGCUGUGCGGAGGAUCGCCGGCUCACUGAAUCUGUUGACGUGCUGAUGCCAAAUGUUGGUGAGAUUGUAGGAGGAUCAAUGCGUAUCUGGGACAGCAAGGAGCUCUUGGAUGGCUACGAUCGUGAAGGCAUUGACCCUACUCCAUACUAUUGGUACACUGACCAACGUAAAUAUGGCACCUGUCCUCACGGUGGAUAUGGAUUGGGGCUGGAAAGGUUCUUAACAUGGCUUCUGAACAGACACCAUAUACGGGAUGUAUGUUUGUACCCACGCUUCGUUCAACGUUGCAAACCAUAACAUCUGCUGGUUUGAGCACUGGAAAAUAAAUUUCAUUUUCUUUAUCUCCUGCAUGAAAUCAAGCAUUUGGAAAUCCUCAGAUCUUAGAAACAAAUUUUCUAUAAUGAUUUUGUCAGCUAAUGCUUCACUCUGGCUAUCAGUACUUCAAAAAUUCCUUAAACUAUUGGAGAUCUAGAUAAUUUGUCAUUGCCGAGCCUCCUUGCCACUAUGUAACUGUAAUUUUCAGACUGGAUUUGUUUAUAUUUCAUCCCAACAAUAAAUUACCUAAGGAAUAUUCUA